GCCACUGUUCACACGUGAAGCAGACAGCAUGGCCGAUCAGACUGAGAGUUUAUUAGACCGGGCCCAGGUAAAGAAGGCAGUCCAAGCCUUGCAGGCUUUCCUAAAAACCAAGGCUACUGAAGACCUGCUCUCUCUGAACGACACUCAGCAGUUAACCCUGCUCUUCACUCUCUGGAAAAUUCCCAAAAAGGCGCAGACCAUCCGCAUUCCUCUGCCACAUGGCCAGCGUGCUGACACGGAGGAGGUUUGCCUCUUCACCAGAGAUGAGCCCAACAUGACAUCAGAUCAGACCCAGAGGUUUUAUAAGAGGCUGCUGGAGGAAAAGGGUGUCAAAAACAUAUCAGAGAUUAUACCGUAUAAAGUACUGAAGACAGAAUACAAACCAUAUGAAGCCAAACGUCGCUUGUUGGGAAACUUUGAUAUGUUCCUCUCUGAUGACCGCGUACGCCGCCUGCUGCCAUCCCAACUCGGAAAGCACUUCUACGAGAGAAAAAAAGAGCCUCUGUCUGUGGACCUGCAGAGCAAACACCUGGCCAGAGACCUGCAGAGGGUCAUCCAGGGCACCAGCCUGAAGAUUAGCAACAAGGGGUGCUGCUGUAUGGCACGUGUGGCCCUUUCUGGCAUGGCUGCGGAUGACGUGACGGAAAACAUCGAAGCUGCCGUCAAAACAGUGGUCGAAAAAAUGCAAAUGAAAGGACCAGUGAUUAAGCUGAUCCACUUAAAGAGUCAAACGUCGGUGGCCCUGCCCAUCUACACCUCAGAGGUGAACAACCUCACUGUGCUGGAGACUCUUAAAAACAAGAAACCUGGUGACAAAAAGAUGAAAAAGACGAAGAACAAGAAGAAAGUAAAUGCUGUCAAGAAGGACAAGGUAGAGUUGAAGAUAAAGGAUGGAGAGGAAGAAAUUCCACAGCUUGUUCCCAUAGAAACGCCCAGCAAAAAGCCUAAACUGGAGAAGCCAUCCAAACAGACGCAGCUGCAGAAAACACCCAAACCUGCCGGAGCCAAGAAAGCGACAAAAGCUCAGAGCAAACUCGCCAAGAAGACUGGCAAGACAGGGGCCAAAGUCAAAAGAAAAGCGCCCAAAGCGAAGUGAUCCUCAGUCGGCCGUUUCCUGCCGCAACAUGGACGUUUGAUACAGAUCGCGGGUUGUUCAAGUCGGCUUUUUGUAGUCAUGUUUUGCAUAUGAUAAAGUCUGAUACGUUAAAUCA